AAGAGCUAAAGGGAUAUGGCUCUGCCUCUAUGCUCUAGAGAAGCUUAGCCUGAGUCACUCACACAUACGGAAACAUCAAGUGGACACAUCCCUUCUCUGCAGAGGCAGGGCAAGUCCCUGCCCACAUAGCAGACUCUCUCAGACUAUACUUGCUGCUAAUAUAUGGACCAUAGGGGAAUCUGCCCUGAAUCUGACUUGAGGGGAAUCUUCUUAACAUCCCAUAACUGGGUCUCAGGACACGGAGAGAUGAAAGUACUUAUCUUGGUUGCUGCUAGGCUGCUGCUUCUGCCGGCCACUGUUUGCCAAAGUGGUGUGAAAAAUGUUUCAGACAACUCAACAAAGCUGACCUUGACUAUUAAGAGUUUCCAUGGUGCUCCCUUAAAUACUUUCGAAGACUUCCCACUUUCUGACAUAGAGGGCUGGACAGGAGCCACCUCAACUGUGAAAAUAAAGUGCCCUGAAGAUGAGUCAACUCUCCAUGUAAACAAUGCCACCAUGGGUUACCUGAGGAAUUCCUUAAGCACCAAACUGAUACCUGCCAUCUACAUCCUGGUGUUUGUGGUUGGUGUGCCAGCAAACAUUGGGACCCUGUGGAAGCUCUCCUCAAACACCAAGUCCAUCUGGCUGGUCAUCUUUCACACCAACCUGGCCAUCAUGGAUCUUCUUUUUUGUUUUACGCUGCCAUUUAAGAUCAUCUACCAUCUCAAUAGGAACAACUGGGUGUUUGGAGAGGUCAUGUGCCGCAUCACCACAGUCAUUUUCUAUGGCAACAUGUACGGUUCCAUUCUGAUCCUCAUGUGCAUGAGCAUCAACCGCCACCUGGUCAUGGUCCAUCCUUUCACAUACCAUAAGCUGCCCAAACGAUUCACUUUGCUCAUGUGUGGCCUGGUGUGGGUCAUGGUUUUCUUAUACAUGAUGCCGUUUGCCAUCCUGAAGCAGGGGUAUCGCCUCGUCCAGCCAGAGAUCACCACCUGCCACGAUGUCCACAGUACAUGCGAGUCCCUGUCCCCCUUCCGGUUCUACUACUUCAUCUCCUUAGCACUCUUUGGAUUCCUCAUCCCACUUGUGGUUACUGUCUACUGUUACGCAACUCUCAUCCACAGACUUAAUGCACAGGAUCGGAAACGGCUAAGGUAUAUCAAGGCUGCUCUCGUCAUUCUGGUGAUUUUCACAAUUUGCUUUGCUCCCACCAACAUCACGCUCAUAAUUCACCAUGCCAACUACAACUCCACGGACAGCCUGUACUUUAUGUAUCUCAUAGCUUUGUGCCUGGGCAGCCUGAAUAGUUGCCUAGAUCCAUUUCUUUAUUUUGUCAUGUCAAAAAUUGUAGAUCAGCUUCCUUCCUAGUCAGAGGACAGGAAAGAUCCCUGUAAAAACAUGCAUGCGCGGGCCAACUUGUGCAAGGCGCCAACAGCUCCAUUUUUAAUUUCUAUUUUUAUUUAUUUGUCUUUUGAGACAGGUCUCACUGUGUAGUCUUGGCUGGCCCAGAACUCUCUAUUCAGACCACGUUGGCCUCGAACCCACAGAGAUCUGCUGGGGUUAAAGGCGUACAUAACCAGGCCUGGCCACAGCUCUAUUUGUUAAGCUCCUAUUAAAUAGUGCUUCCAAUAUAAAAUAUUAUAAAAUUAUUAGGAUUAAAAAAUACGUUUUAAACAAAAUUUUUAAACAAAAUUAUCAUUAUUCUUGUGACAACUGACACGUUUCCAUUUGCCUUCCUGAUUCUCCAAGCUUUAAAUUUCCCCUUCCCUCCUGCGAGUGACAUCGGCAACCUGACAACUGAGCAUUACUCACGGUUCUUCCCUCUUUUUGGAGAGUUACCCUGUUUUUGUUGUGUCCCUCUCUGGGGUCCUGUCUUCAUCCCACCUGUCUGAAAAUGGCUGUCCUCCCUUCCAGGGGGUCUCGUUUUCACAGAUCGGGUUAACCUUCCUUGAAUAUCGUUCAGAACACAUCAUGCAAACACUUCCCUUGGCCCCGCGCUGCUCCUGAAAUGACAGACCCUUGGGCAGCUUCCAUCGCUGCCUCCCUGAUACCACCUGUGGCACCAGCUUGCUCACUUCCCCACCAACUCACCUUCCCUUCCCUGCUACCCCAGUGACAGCCUGUUCCAGCAUCUUUGCUUUAACCUGUCCCGUUUUCCCAGUCUUUCAGAGACUGUUCUUCCCUUACCCUCAAACCACACGUGUCGUUUUUCUCAUCUGGGUUUCCAAAGCACUUUCUUAUAAUAUGGAACUUCUGAACAAACAAGCCUGAUAACCUCAUUUGCAUAUAAAUAUCGGUUCUAUAAGCAAUUAAGUUCUAUGUAGUCAGCUCUCUGUACCUGCAAGUUUCACACCUGCAAUUCAACCAACCACAGACCAAAAACACUUGAAGAAAACUGUAUGAGCUGAACACGAACAGACUUUUCUCUUUUCAUUACACAAUACAGCAUAACCACUCUUCACAUGACAUUCACACUGUAUUAAACCACUCUGUAUUCACCCUGUAUUAAGUAGUCCUAAGUUAUCCCCAGGUGAUGUGAAGUACAUGGCAGGCUAUGAAGAGGCUGCAGCCCAAUACAGUACCAUUCCCACAGGGAUUUGGAAUCUGUGGAGCUUAGUGUCUACAGGGGUCUUGGAUGAUGGAGAAGGUGUUGUCUGUCCUCCUUCCUUUAAGGUUCUUGUCAUUAAAGGGCCUUUAAUGUGCGGCCAGCUGCACUCUUUGCAUAGCAUGUGGCUGAAUGAAAGAAUAAAGCCCCAAAGCAUCUAAAAACAGCGUGGGGUUCUAAUCAGUCUUUUCUGACAAGGCAGCAUACCCUGUAUGACAUAAUUUAUGGUUAGGCUUGAUUAAAAAAAAGUUAAAUGGCUAUAUACUCAUAAGGUCAUUUAGCAAUUUAAAUAAUGCCUCCAGUUAUUUCCAUGCCUGUUCGUAUUAAUGGGAAAUGGUAUUGUAUUACAAAUCUCCAGAUUAUUCCUAUAGGUAAAGUGUCUAAUGGGAGAUGUAAUAUUAGUGGAUAAGUGUCGGGGGGCAUCACUAGUGAAUACAACGGGGUUGAGAAAACCUCUGAGCACACAGCAUCAUUGAGGUGAAAUUGUGAGUAUGUAGAUUCACACACCGACAAAACUGUUAUA